UGUCUUGGCAACCUGAAGGGCGGGCGAGAUCAAGAGAGGAGAGCGUCACCUGACCCGAAUAUGAAUAUCGGAGGGUCGUCUGCGCAGGCGGGGGGCGGGACACGGCGUUGAUGACGUAACUGGUUGCUCCAUUCCUUGACUUCUCCCUUCCCUGAGGAUCGGAGAACCGUUGCUGGGAGGAAACCGUCGAGGCCCUUGGGAGGAAACAGCCCGCAAGGCUCAGUAAAAUCCUGCAAAAAUGUCUUUGUAUCCAUCACUCGAAGACCUGAAGGUAGAUAAAGUAAUUCAGGCUCAGGCAGCUUUUUCUGCAGACCCUGCCAGUUCAAAAAUUUUGCCAGGUGGCUCUUCUUCCAUUUCUCAUGAUGGAAGUCUCUAUCCCAAACUAUAUCCUGAACUCUCUAAAUACAUGGGCCUGAAUUUAAAUGAAGAAGAAAUACAUAAAAACAUGGCCGUGGUUCCUGGAACAUCUCAGGGGUUGGUGGCCAGGCCUUCUUCCAUGAAUUAUAUGGUGGCUCCUGUAACUGGUAGUGAUGUUGGAAUUCGAAGAGCAGAAAUUAAACAAGGAAUCCGUGAAGUUAUUUUAUGUAAAGAUCAAGAUGGAAAAAUUGGCCUUCGACUUAAGUCAAUAGAUAAUGGUAUUUUUGUUCAGCUGGUCCAGGCCAAUUCUCCAGCAUCUUUGGUUGGACUGAGGUUUGGGGACCAAGUUCUGCAAAUUAAUGGUGAAAAUUGUGCAGGGUGGGGCUCUGAUAAAGCCCAUAAAGUUCUCAAACAGGCUUUUGGAGAGAAGAUAACUAUGACUAUUCGAGACAGACCAUUUGAACGAACUGUAACCAUGCAUAAGGAUAGCACAGGACAUGUUGGAUUCAUUUUUAGAAACGGAAAGAUAACCUCUAUUGUGACAGACAGUUCUGCAGCAAGAAAUGGUCUUCUCACUGAGCACAACAUUUGUGAAGUCAAUGGUCAGAACAUAAUUGGCCUAAAGGACUGUCAAAUUGCAGACAUACUGUCGACAGCUGGGACUAUAGUUACCAUUACAAUCAUGCCCGCUUUUGUCUUUGAACACAUAAUGAAAAGGAUGGCAUCAAACACUGUGAAAAAUCUAAUGGAUCACGCUGUCCCAGAAGUUUAAAAUUCAAGCAGUUGUAUAUUCUUUCACAUAAUGGAAACUCCGCUGACUUGGGCAGUUUUACUCAGCAUCUUCUGUAUUAGACACAUAAACCUUACUGGGAGCCAAGAAGCAUAUGCUGCAUGAGAGCCUUUUGUAUCAUAUCAUGGCUGGGAAUAUUACUGUUUGAUACACUUUUGUGUUCAAGCUGUAAAUUGUCUUUGUAGCCUUAUACUGGUUUUACAUAUGUGAACCUUUCAAGAGUUUUGACUUUCAUGGCAUCAAGUUUCCAGUAGUUUAAACUACUCUUUCUUAUAAGCCAUUCUGGUUAAGAUAACUAAUAUAGAAUUUUUUAAAGUGUUAUAAUCAGGUACCUAUAAUUCUAGAUAUUCUAGAAAAGUAAUACUGUUUCUCUUUUCUCCUUGUGUAGUAUUUUUAAUGCUUUGCUAUCGUACCUCUAGAAUAGCUGUUUUUGCUAGUUCUAAUUUUGUUUACAAAAAUGCAAACUUGGUCUCAUCCCAUAUGAGCAUUACAAAUGGCAAAUGUAGAAUUGUACAAAAUUGUGGUGAUUUUAUCUUAAUAAUGUAUAAUUAAUGCUUCAAUUGUCGCCUUAACCAUGUUAAAGGAAAGUUCUGAAAUAAAAAUUAAAUAAAUUGAUUAACUCUUAAA